CGACCCUUAAUGAUUUUGAUUCUGUUAUGGAAUCGAUGGCUUCGGAAAAGGCACACGGAUUGACAUGGACCCUUUCGCUCGCAGUGUUAAUGGCCACUUUCGGAUCCCCUUUCCUGAUUGGGUACAACUUGGCAAUCUUAAAUCUACCCGGUCCGUAUAUUGAAAUGUUCCUUGGACGAACAAUCCUUCAUCUAGCUGAAAAUCAGACAACGGAUGGUCCCAUCAACCCAGAAUUCCUAUAUGCCCAAGUGAGCACAACCUACGUGGUCGCCAGCGCCAUCGGUGCUUUCGGUUCUGGAUGGGUGGCCGAAAUCCUGGGAAGGCGAAAUGGACUGCUGUUCAACCAUCCAUUUGCCAUUUUGGGAGCUAUUUUGUGUGCACUCUGUGUGCACACAAACCAACCGGUCUUACUCUUCAUCGGCCGUUUCAUUCUGGGUCUCAAUUGUGGCAUCACGACGGGUGUUGCUCCGAUGUACCUGACUGAAGUCGCUCCGAGCAGACUGCGCGGGGCGGUCGGUGCCUGUAACCAGUUGGGUAUCGCCAUGGGCAUUGUGGUCGCAUAUGUGGUCACGCUGACGGAAACGCUGAACCAUAGCAAGUUGUGGCCGAUCGCAUGCGGACUCUGUGCAGUACCCGCUGCCAUCUCUCUCCUAGUUCUACCAUUCUGUCCCGAGAGUCCACGUUUUCUUAUGAUGAAAAGAAAUGAUGAAGCCGGAGCACGCAAAGCAUUCAAGCAGCUCAAUUCGAAAGAGGAUGUGGAUACCUUUAUCUGCGAAUUACGCAAAGAUGUGGAGCAAGCAAAAAGUCAACCCGAGUUCAAGUUUACCCAACUAUUUACUCAACGCGACUUGCGUAUGCCCAUGUUGAUUGCAUGCGUAAUUCAGCUGUUUCAGCAACUGUCCGGCAUAAAUGCGGUCAUAUGCUACUCAGCGACCAUGCUCAACAUGACAGGCAUUGAGAAACACUACAUUCAAUACUGUGUGCUAGCCAUUGGGAUGGUGAACUUGGUGGUCACGAUAAUAUCGUUGAUGCUACUGGAACGAGCUGGACGUCGGACACUCCUGCUCUGGCCAACAAUUGCUGUCGCCGUAGCCCUUCUUCUGAUGACAGUCACAGUGAACGUGGGUGCAGAUACUGACUCCAAAUCGGUGGAGCAAGCGAUGGGGAUCUGUUCCACAUGUCUGAUUCUGGUGUUUAUAUGUGGAUAUGCACUGGGGUUAGGCCCAGUACCUGCGCUGAUCGUGUCUGAAAUAUUCCGUCAAGGUCCGCGAGCAGGAGCCUACUCCAUUAGUCAAUGCUUGCUGUGGCUCUCAAACUUGAUCGUUUUGGGUGGUUAUCCGAACAUUGCUAAAGCAAUCAAAGGCUACUCCUUCCUGCCAUUUCUGGUGGUUGUGGUGAUCUGCUGGGUGUUCUUUUAUUUCUUCAUGCCGGAAACCCGAAAUCGCUCUUUCGAUGAGGUAGCGCGAGAACUGGCCUUUCGAAAGAAGAGCGCUAUCAGACCUCUGAUUAUCACGGAGACUAUCCGUCUUGGUGGGAUCAUGAGCAAGGGCGAAAGAACGGCCGCAACACAGAACCUCCGGACACACGACAGCCGCCAGAGGAAACACUCAAUGGAGGACCAAUUCCGUAUUAGAAGUUCGCUGGACGCUAGAUGAUACGGCUUAAGAAAAAGCUGACUUUAUUGCCUGGCCUUCUAGUACAUCGAAUUGCUUAGGUUCAGGGAGCCCACAAACUUGAAUUUGUCUCUCACUGAGCCCUUUGUUAUCAGUGCGUGUGUACCGCCUGUGUCACUCAAAUCCACACCCCAUUUCAGUUCACACCUCAGUCAAUCUGAAAUGCUGUCCAUUCACCGAAAUUCACUACCAUACUUUUGUUGACGCAUGUUUGAUAGAUAAACACACAUUGUUUUGGCAAAUUUCAUACCGUCAGACUGGAACCUGUUCACGGAAGCCACACUGCAUCACUCAGGCAUAAUGUUUACACAAAUGCGUUACACACAGCAUGCGUUUUUCAGUAUUCCGUAAGCUGCAGUUGCCAGAAUACCAG